UCAUCAACCGCUCUUGUCGCGGCAGAGCGCAGUACAAGUCUCACUCGCCUCUUCGUUCGGGCCAAGAUCGUCUUCUCUGGAUCCGAGGCGUUCUUCUUCUCUAUAUCUGAGCCGAUCUCAGUCUUCUUUUUCUCUCAAUCCUGCAAAUCUCGCGGGGUGCGGCUACCCCCUGGUGCCAGUUUUCUUUCCCCCUCCGACCUGUGAUCAAAUCUCAACCCGGGAGGUCCUUCGUUUCUGAAAUCAGGGGAAUGGCAGCGAGGAAACCCGGAGUCAUCGCCUUGUUCGACGUCGACGGGACGCUCACCGCCCCUAGGAAGGUGAUAACGCCGCAGAUGCUCGAGUUCAUGCGGGAUCUGAGGGAGGUCGUGACUGUAGGUGUUGUUGGAGGAUCGGACCUCGUUAAGAUAACAGAACAACUUGGAAAAACAGUUAUGAAUGACUAUGAUUAUGUAUUCUCGGAAAAUGGCCUUCUUGCUCACAAGAAUGGCGAACUAAUUGGUAGGCAGAGUUUGAAAUCAUUCCUUGGCGAUGAUAGACUGAAGGAGUUCAUUAAUUUCACCCUCCAUUAUAUUGCCGACUUGGAUAUACCAAUAAAGAGGGGAACAUUUAUUGAGUUCCGAAGUGGAAUGCUUAAUGUCUCUCCGAUAGGGCGGAAUUGUAGCCAAGAGGAGCGUGAUGAAUUUGAAAAAUAUGAUAAGGUUCACAACAUAAGGCCACAGAUGGUCUCUGUGCUGCGUGAAAAGUUUGCACAUAUGGAUCUGACAUUUUCCAUAGGGGGACAAAUAAGUUUUGAUGUUUUCCCUCAAGGUUGGGACAAGACAUACUGUUUAAAAUAUCUUGAUGAAUAUCAGGAAAUACACUUUUUCGGUGACAAAACCUACAAGGGAGGGAAUGACUAUGAAAUUUACGGGUCUGAACGAACUGUUGGUCAUACGGUGACAAGUCCAGAUGACACCGCAGCACAAUGCAGAUCUUUGUUUCUGGAAAAUUGAUUGGAGAUGCCUGAGCUUGAAGCAACAUAUCAUACUCCAACUACAUGAAUAUUUCUGUUGAAAUAGACUCUUAUCGAUUCCAUCUCCAAAACUACUUGUUGCCAGGUAAACUUCAAAAUAAAGAGCUUAUGGCAUUCAUCUGUUGCCCGUGAACUGCUCAUUUGUUCUUUUAGAUUUCCUUUCUGGUAUUGUAUUGGAACGAGAUGGUUUGCCAUCUGAAAAGGACAACUAUUUUUCUUCUGAGUAGAAGCAGAACAAAGGUAUCUAUUAAAAUUGCUGAUCAAGGAGAGGGUCCUUAAUAUCA